AUGUCCGCCUCGAACUCCAGCAACACCGCAUACGUUUACCGUUUCGAUGAAAACAUGUCGACCAAUCGCCACGCCGAAUAUCAGUCCAGCACACACCUCGUUGGCAACGUCAUCUUGACGGAUGUCAACUGUAACCUCGGUAAUAAUUUCAGCUUUCGUUUCACUCCGACCUCGCUUAGCCCUAUGAUUCUUGGUAUCCGUCUCCGAAACAACGCGGCGCCGGACCGCCCCCCUGCAUCUGCAUCAACACCCGUCGUUUUGGACGACGUGCCCCAGCCUACCGUGCCGCUUGGGCCGAACCUUCUUGCUCUCGUUCGCCCCACUCAAGGCGAUGUUCCUGCUCUCGACCCACUCUCUGGCUUCCACCCUCCCCCUUCUCCGGCCUCAGCUCCUCAAGAAAACAAUGAAGAAGUCCCCGAGGACCUCCCCAGCCUUAUUCCCAUCGAAGAAACGGCCGAUGGCGCAUUCCUGCCCGGCAUGUUCGAUAGGAUCAGCCUUCGCAUGCGAAUGCCCUUUGUCAACGUCACCUUCGCCGAGACGUCUGAGGCUUUUAUUCAUGCACAGCACGAUCACCCCACCCAUCCGCGCGACUACGACGAUAUUCCCCACAGGUACAUUGUUCACGGUCGCUACAAUCGUCACAAUAACCCUCCUCCCCGUAUUAUCACUAGGACUUACACCAUCGAAGAAUUAGAGCCCAUUGAGCGCCAGCUCAACGAAGACUCUAUCCUCGAUGCCGUGUCGGUUCCCGAGCCUCAAGAUCGUCCUAAGCCCACUUUUAUGGAGGUUUUGAACGCUGCGAGCGCUCGCGCGCGCGAGCGUGAGGAACACGAGCGCGCCGAGCGCGAUCAGUCUCCUGACGUCAAGCCCGAGCCGCUCGAUGACACUACCAUGGUCGUCGAAGACCAUGAAGCCCUCUCCAAAAAAUCCUCUAGCCCCGAUCGCGUUCGGCCGGGCAACCCGUACCCCUACAGCUUGCCGAACGUAUCCAGCCCCGUCCCUGUGAACGUUUCCUCGCCCAUCCCGGGCAUCUCGCGUAUUUCUGGGUCGCCUGACCCGCAUGGCGACAUGGACGGCUCAAUCACGGAGCCGGAGACUUGUUCGAUGACCGAACUGUACGCCGGCAAGCGCAAGGCGAGUGAGAUGAGCGAUUGCGACGACGAAUCGGACAAGGAGAAUCACGCAAAGAGGGUUGCUCGAUCGGCAUAG